AGCGCGUAGUGCGCUUACGUCAUGUGACUACCUCGCCCGGUCGCCACUAGAGGCGCUUGUGUUGAAAUACACUCAGUUGACCGCUACAUCUGGUGGCAGCGGGUGGGCCGCUCCGCAGUCUGAGCCCCACACCAUGGAUGGUGAAAGUGAUACGAGAGUGCAAGUGCUUGUACCGCCGCAGCCUAAAACCGAACAGUGCACGAUCACCGAUUACAUCGACUACUUUGAGGCUGUGGCGACGGCCAACGCGUGGGACGAUACUGUGAAAGCCAGGAUUUUUCCUGCGCUGCUCGGUAUGGGCAAUACUGUGCUGACAGACUGCCCGGAGGCUGACAAAAAGAGCUUUGCCAAAAUCAAAACGUAUCUCACUAAAGUUGGAGAGCCGUACCGUGAUGCGUUUAUGCUCGAUUUGUUUCGUGUUCGAAUGGCUGACCUUGAACCGGUCGAGAAGUACCGUGACCGUGUGGUGACUUUAGUUGAACAAGUUUACCCGCGGUUUGCAGCGAGCAAUAAGGCAGCUCUUGCUCGUGAUUUUUUUGUCUGUGGACUGCCAGAUCCUAUGAGGGCAGCAGUGUUGAACUCUGGCUCCUGCCGUAAGCUGGAAGAGGCUGUCAACUCAGCGCUGAUGUGCUUCAGCCUCAGCGGCCGGCUCGGGUCGCGCGGCUCUGGAGGCGCUGCCGGUGGUGAUCACGUGACCUGGCGCACGGUGCGUUCGCCGGCCGCUCCGAGGGGAGGAGUGAGGAGCGGCGACCCGGCGCGGUCUGGCCCGAGGGCGGUAUGCUGGCGCUGCGGUAUUGCUGGUCAUGUGCGUGCACAGUGCCGCGCUCCCGGCGACGGACUGGCUGGUAGACGGAUGGAGGGCAUCGCGGUUUCACCCGUCUCCGAUGAUGGCCGUGUCUACGUCGACAUCGACAUCGAUGGCUGUCCGAUGCAGCUUCUGGCAGAUAGCGGUGCCACCGUCAGCUGUCUGCCCACUUCUUUCCGGCCCAACUCCAUGGCUAAAGACGACUAUGUUAUCGCUGCCAAUGGGUCGAGAAUGCCUGUGUAUGGUCUGCUGAACUGCUCUGUCUCGCUCAGUGGCGCUACGCUGAUGCACGACUUCAUCAUCACCGACGUGCAGCGCGGCGUGGUGGGGGCAGACCUUCUGCAGAAGUUCGGCGCGUCCAUCGACUUCGACCGUGGAGCUGUGCUUGUCGGUGUGAAUCGACACCCAGCUGGCGCGGCCGACAGUGUGACGUCACCUGGCUCCGGUGGCGCCUGCGUCGGAGGGACGGUCGUCGCGCCGGUGGCGCCAUCUCUGGGCUACGUUGAGACUGCUCAGAGUGGGGCGCCGCCUGCGCCUCCCUCCGCUCCGGUGGCGCCAUCUGCGACUCCCUCCGCUCCGGUGGCGCCAUCUGCGAGACACAGCGUGAAGGAAGAUACUGCCGCCGGUGAGGCGCCGCUGCUGGACUGGGAGGAGGGAUGCUUCCACGAGGUCGGGAUGCUGGCUACCGGAAACUGAAUGAGGUGACGGUGAAAGAUCGUCAGCCUGUGCCGCUGGUGUCAGACGUCAUCGGGAAGCUGGCGGAGUCGACAGUGUUCUCAGUGCUCGAUGCUCGCUCGGGAUACUAUCAGAUCCCUCUCAGGGAACAGGACAGAAAGAAGACGGCCUUCCAGUUUAAUGGCCAGCUACUGCAAUUUCGUACAAUGCCGUUCGGUCUCUGCAACGGUCCCAGUACGUUCAACCGUCUGGUGCAGAGGCUGACACAAGACCUGCCAUGUGUGGCAGCGUAUUUCGAUGACUGGUGCAUCCACAGCCGGGACGAGUCGUCACAUUUGGAGGAUCUGCGCUCUGUCUUGCAGAGACUACGAGAAGCUGGACUGACGCUGAACGGCGAGAAGUGCCGGUUUCUGCUGACAUCCCUGGAGUCGUUCCUUGGCUUCAGCAUCGAGGGUGGUAUGAUUCGACCGACGAAGGAGCACAUCAGAGCUGUUGAGGCGAUACCGCGGCCUGGCGAUCAGACAGCUCUCAGGAAGUUCCUGGGCCUGUGCGGCUUCUAUAGGUCGCACAUCGCGGAAUUCAGCUUGAUUGCGAGGCCGUUGCACGAUC